AUGCGGCUUUUUAUAAAUCAAUUGAACGAUCCAAAUGCAGAGGAACAUGCUGCUAACUGCAGUAAUGCAUACUGGCAGCAUCCAAAAGAAGAUGGACACACAGACCAACAACCACGGGAGAUGACCAGGCGAACAGAAAGAGUUAUAUGCAGACUCAUGACGCAGGGGAUAUACUUUGCGAACGCGUGGAGUAGUGCAGUAAAGGCUAACAUAGAGGGGAACUCCAAGAACGAUAAAGAAAUUAAGGGCUUAAUACGGUGUACAAUAGUGGAUAUAUACCAAGACAUACUGAGGGAAGACACAUGCGAGGGUCACUGGGGUACAUACUAUGCAUGGUACGUCGUGGAACAAAUAUCGGGAGGGCUGACGGCCAAUGGGGGCGAAAAUGAUUGUACGAGGGGGAAGUACAAGACUAUACAAUUGAACACUUGGCCCAUGAGGAAUAAGAUGAAGACAUGGUUAAAACAGAACAAACAGAUGAAGGAGAAACUUGCACAGGAAGAAAUAAGCGGUGGGUGUACGGGAAGGCAGGUAAAGACUAGGAAACAACUGCAAGAGGAAGGAGUUAUAAAGGAAAACGAGGCUGAAAAAAAGGAAGACGAAAAACUGAAGAGUCAAAUGAAGACGCAUUUUAGGAAGAUUUUGGACACACUGCAGAUACAAAUGAAGGAGGAGGAGGGGAAAUUGAGGGCGUCCCGUGCGCAAGCACGCCCGGAUCCUUCUGUGGUCGACGACGAGGAAAAAGAGGGUGACGACAUAGAGGAACACAUAAAAAACGCAGUAGCCAACGCGAGAGAAAAAUUAGGACAGGUAAUCGUUAUUCCCGCCUCCGCCACACCCGCCACCGGAACAACCCAGCAAACGCCAGGCGCUGGAGCCGCGGCGGCCGCCCAGCCGGUGGCGACACCACCAGCGACGACGAAGCCGGUGGUAGAAAGAACAGACGAUACGACGUCUGCGACGCAUCCAGCCCACGCGUCUGAGACGCCUGAGAACAAGUCGACGGCACGUGGGACGCAGACAGGGCAAGAACUGUUGUCCACCAAGGACCCACAGACGGCAGGAGGAGCAGGGUCAUCGGUAGGCAGGAAAGAGGAUGACGAACCACCAGCUGGACCACCACCACCUCCACCAAGACCACCACCACCUCCCUCAGGGAAAUCAGGCGAUGACGCAGCAGGCACCACGCGAGAACAAGGUGACCCGGGUGUUGCAGGACCACCAGGACCAACGGAAAAAUCAGGUGAGGAUAAAUGUAAGCAGAGUCUUGGGAAAACUGCAAACAGUUCCGGUCCUAUUGUUAUAAGUACCGGAUGUACAUCCGAUGCAGAUUUAGGAGGAGGACAAACACUCACAGAUGCUAUUGCCAACGGUAACGAAUUUCGAGAGUACACAUACAAAGAACACCUCGAAUACAACUAA